AGGCGAUCCACAGUAAUCUUUGUUUAACGAUGAAACACGGCUUUCGCGGGGAUAUGACGUUGAACCUGAACCUCCCGAACCGGGGAUAACCCAUUCUUCGAGUACGUGGCCUUCGAGGAACACCGCGAUCGCCACUUGGCGGCAGGAAAAGGAUCAACGUAACGAGCAAAAACGGGGAACAGACGAUAAAAAUCGAGAGAACAGCAAACCUGUUCGCCUGUGUUCCUUAUCCACCCCCACUCGACCAGUUGUUUCAAGUUAAGCACCAGCAGGAAUAUAAGGAUCUUCGUAGAUCGUGCAAAGAAAUUGUACAUUCUGGACGCGCCACGCUCGUGCUUUGCAUUCUCAUCGGGUCGGUGGACAAAAAAGAAAUAGGAUGUUGCUCGAUCGGAUGCUAAUUGUCACGGUGAUAUCUAUCGUUGUCACUGUGGCCAACUGUGAUCUGGAGUUGCAAAUGUUACACCUGGUAUUUCGACAUGGUGACAAAGUGCCUCAUCGGGAGUAUCAGAAUUAUCCGACUGAUCCGUACAAGGACUACUCUUAUUAUCCGAUGGGCAGCGGAGACUUGACAAACCAAGGUAAGCUGCGUGAAUACAGGAUCGGCACAAUGCUCCGUGAACGUUACAAUCAAUAUUUCGGGCCGGAUUAUUGGCCAGAGAAGAUCUAUGCUCGAUCGACAUACAUCCCAAGGACUCAGCUAUCUCUACAGCUAGUUCUGGCAGGAUUAUUCCCGCCCUCGGAGAAGCAAACCUGGAAUCCACAACUACCAUGGAUUCCCGCAGCCACCUUCUCCGUACCCUACGAGGAUGACAAUCUUCUAUUUCCACAUCAUUGCCCUAGGUACAGAGAAGAGUAUGAUAAAUUCCUCCGGCAAAAGAACGUGCAAGACAUAGUAGGGAAAUACAGAAAUGUUAUGAAUUAUCUGUCAAAGCAUUCUGGAAAAGCGGUGAACACAACAUCCGCGGUGACGUACAUGUACAACCUACUGAAGGAACAGGCUGCUCAAAACCUGAGUCUUCCGAAAUGGACAGAGACAGUGUAUCCUACGCCGAUGAAAGAAAUAAUAGCGUUGGAUUUCAAACUCAGAUCAUAUACAAGGACGUUGAAGCGUUUGAACGGAGGUUUACUGCUACGGAAAAUGAUAGAAGAUAUCAAAACGUAUCAAAUGGGAAAACUGGAGCCUUAUGACAGGAAAGCGUUUCUUUUCUCGGCUCAUGAAAUGAACGUUGCCGCGGUUGUAAGAGCAUUGGGCUUAGAUGAACCCUCGGUGCCUGCCUAUGGAGCUACUGUAAUCCUCGAAACCUUGAGGGACAAAAAGGGGAGCUACUAUGUUCGGGUUUUACUUUGGACUGGAGUUUCAGAGCAACUUAUAAUCGAAACGAUCCCAGGUUGCGUGGAAUUAUGCCCGUUCGACCAGUUCUUGAGCAUCGUAAAAGACGUGAUACCAAGAGACGACGAGUAUUACUGCCACCCAGGCGAAAAAUUGAACAAACCGGAGAACAGCGAAUACGUAAACUCUUCCACGUCAAAUAUAAUCUUAGCUAAGACUUGGUUCAAUUCGAUAUUAUCAGUUUUCUUCACGCUACUAUUUACGUCUUAUGUCAUUGACAUCAAACGUUGAACAAUCUUGUCAAAAUUGCAAUAUUGUUAUAUUAACAUAACUAUAUAGCAGUUAACACUUUAACGGUCAAUAUUUAUAAGUUGGUCAUGAAUUAGUUUUCUCAAAAUUGUCAUUUAACUUUUAACUUCAUUAUUUAUUAUCUUACUUAGUUUCAUUUGUUUCAGAUAUUAAUUAGCGUUUAAAAAUCAGUACCUUUACAGAAUCAGAUAUUAAUUAGCGUUUAAAAAUCAGUACCUUUACAGAGUGAGAUAUUAGUUACAUUUAAAAAUCAGUACCUUUACAUUGUAAAUAAAUGGACACUCAAAUAUAAUUUUAUUGACAAUUCGUUAGGAAGAAAUUUAAAAUGAUAAUUGUAGAAAGUGUCAGGCCGUUAAAGUGUUAACACCGCCUGAGGCUUCAAAGCAAAGAUGGAUUCCAUUGCUGAGUGAACAACUAGUGGCUCGAGUUCGAAACUUUGCGUUUGAAAAUUCAUAAAUUUACAAACUUUUACCUCACUAAAUUAUUAGUACAGUUUACGUUUGUAAAUUUGAAAAC